ACAUAACAGGCCAAAACGGACAAUAUUUGCUAGCGGUGGGCUUGAGCUGUUACAUCUUUGUUGUUGGCUCAACUAUACCUCUACCACUACCAUUUGCAGCUUUAACAAGCAUCCACCGUCUCUUUGAAUCUCCAACAGCAUUCCAUAGACGUUUGUAUGAUGUAGAUUUUUUGUCACCAUCUGCCGUUCCUUAGGAACCUAAACUGUGCUUACACUAGCGUCUACCAAACUCACACCUACAACCUUCAUUAGUUAACUUGCUAAUAAAGAUAAGAUUCAUCUUAAUUAUCUCCACACUCACUCUGUCUUCAGAUUGACAUUCCCAAUCCCAGUGGGGUUAGAGGUUCUACCAUUCCCCAUCCUCACUAGGCCAUGAUGUCCUUCUGUGAAAGAUGUUAACAAACUCCUAUCUAAAGCUAUGUGUACAGUAGCUGACUGUAAUCUUCAUUCUAAUAAGUGGCUACAAGUAUUUGUGUCACUAUCCAUGCAGACUAAGGUGGUUUGACACAUCUUCACUGCUAGAUUAGACCUCAUCAUCGUUAAGCAUUCUAGGUUCUUCUUUAUCCCUUGUAUUGCCACUUUGAUCUCAACAAUAUCCUUCUCCGUACCUUCCACUCUGUCCUUGAGCUGUUUGUGCGCCAUCCUUUGUGUUCUCCCUGGAUGAAUGUGCUUUGUUUUCAAAUUGUUAGGGGUUUAAAGCAACACUGCUCUAUUUAGAGUUAUUCAAUGAAUAAUGGGUUAAUGUAGUUGAUUGUAUUGGUAAUCAAAAACCAAAAGUAGAGAAACAUAGGCAAACACCCCAGCUAUUCGAAAGAGCUGGGAUUCUCUCCUAUGGCACAAUUGUCCACAAAAUCUCACACCGCAACCAACAACUUAAAAGCCCUAAAAAACCCCUCCUACCAAGUCUGUACAGCAGAUGCACGAUCCCAAACCAGUUCCCACAAAAUCUUUACCCUCAUUUCCCCAUUUUACCCGUUGAUAAGUUUGCAUAAUAGGAGAUCUCCUACCAACUUCAUGGGAAUUCGUAAUCUCGGUUGAUGGCCCAUUUCUCUUAAUGGAUAUUUUAUAUUUUUGGAACAAUAACAAAAAAUCUAUACUUAGUUUCUUAUAAAAUUUAAAAUCACCAAAAUAUAACAUGCCCUUUAGUGAGUACGCCUUGCUUCAGGUAGUGUUAAAAAUGGGAUAGGAUGAGGUUGGAUAUCAAUUUCCAUCCUAAACUUUGCAAAAAAGACUUCAAUCCAUGUCUUUGUUACACACCUUGAUUUGAGGAAUAGGGUUAGGGACAGGGAAUCCUUGCUUAUGGAUUGGCACUCUCUAGGGAAAAAUAUCCAUCUAUUAUAUAUACAUAAUGUAACUACUUUAAGUAAAAAAUAAUUAAAUAUGAUUGUUUAAAAGCUAAUUGCAUUUUAUGAAUUUGAUUUGGGUGAUUCGAGCCUUUAGUUGAUGAAAUCUCUUGUUACCAAGCUUGGUGGUACUCUUAUAGCCAUAUUGUGUAUCUUCUUGGGUGAUUUGGAAGGAUGAAAUCCCACAAAGUGUAAAGUCUUCGGUGAACCCUUUUCCUUGGUGGUGUUAAUUCUUCAGAGGAAAUCCAGAAGAAAGCGAUCCCCCAUAGGUGUAAUAGAGAUCUGGUAGAUUUUUUCAUCAUUCUUAACAAAUCUCUUGCAAAGUUCAAGAUGUGUCACGAUAACUUCCACGUUCAUUCCUUAGAAGAGGCAACUACAGCUGAAGAUAGUCUCCUAAUAUAUUGCAAACCAGUUGAACUAUACAACAUUCUUCAUCUUCGUUCCCUUAACAAUCCUUCUUUUCUUCGACGUUGUUUGCAUUACAAACUACAAGCUAGGCGAAAAAAGAGAGUGAGCACUGGAGUUGUAAUUUUCAACUAUAGGGACUACAACAACAUAGUACGAAAAACUGAAGUGACUGAAGACUUCUCAUGUCCAUUUUGUUUGAUGCUAUGCGCAAGCUUUAAGGGUUUGCGGUACCACUUAGGCUCUUCCCAUGAUAUGUUCAACUUCGAAUACUGGGUUACUGAAGAAUAUCAGGCAGUGAAUGUCUCUGUGAAAAUUGAUGUCUUUAGACCUGAGACUGUAGCAGAUGGGGUGGACCCACAACUUCAAACUUUCUUCUUGUGCCCAAGACCACGAAGGCGUAAGUUGAAGAACUCUGUUCAAAAUGGGAAGUAUGUGCAGUUCUUGGAGAUGGACUCAGCUAGACCUUCCACAGAAGGCAUGCCUAAGGGAUUUAUCGGGCAUAACGCUGGUAAUUUUUUUCCGAUCCAAUAUGGUGUAUCCUGUGAAAAAGAGGGCAGCCAUUCAUUCCCCAUUGAGGCUUAUUUGCAGAAUGCACAACAAGGAGAAAAUAUUGGUCUUGAAUGUCCUUCCUCUAUGGAGUGCAUUGAGCAUGUUGCAUCCAGCUCAAAUAUUCCAGGUGUCUCAAUGGCUAUCAGUCAAUCGUGUACGGGUCCUGAAUGUUAUAAAGUACUAUCUGGAAGUGAUCAUUUACAUCCAGCCAAAGCAAGGAAGUUAACGGUAGAACGAGACCCAAAAAACCGCAUGCUUUUGCAGAAACGGCAGUUUUACCACUCUCACAGGGUUCAGCCUAUGGCACUAGAUAAAAUAUUAUCCGACAAAGAUAGUGAGGAUGAAGUGGAUGAUGACAUUGCAGAUUUUGAAGACCGAAGGAUGCUCGACGAUUUCGUGGAUGUGACCAAAGAUGAAAAAUGGCUUAUGCAUCUAUGGAAUUCCUUUGUUAGAAAGCAAAGGGUGCUAGCUGAUGGUCACGUUCCUUGGGCAUGUGAAGCAUUCUCAAAACUUCACGGCAAAGAACUUGUCUCAUCUCCGGCUCUCUUUUGGUGUUGGAGGUUUUUCAUGAUCAAACUCUGGAAUCAUGGCCUCCUUGAUCCUUCUACCAUGAACAACUGUAAUUUAACUCUUGAAGGAUUCAAAGAUGAGAGUUUUGAUGCAACGGAGAAUGGAAGAAGAGAGGAUGAUUAACAGGCUACUUGAGUUAACAUUCUUGAUCUGCUUCAUUAACUAAUCAUUUAUAGGUUGGAGUUAGUUCCUUUUACAUUCAUUAUUCAUAUAGGUUCCCUUCUUCACUAACCUCUAUUGAAUGAAGAAAGAGCCUCCCCAUGUUCUUUUUCUAAAUUUUUGCCACUUCCUCUACUUUAUAACUCUUAAUUCUCUUCUAC